UUAACCACAACUAAAUGUUUUAUUUGGACCAGAGAAUAAACCACAAUAGAUUCGUUGUUUCCGGGUACUGCGCGUCCAUCUUUCGUGGCUGCAGGAAACGGUGUUGAGCCCUAAAUCUGGUCUCAGACCAGUUUUCUCAACCUUCCCCAGACAUCAAGCUGAUGCGUAAAACGGUGCCAUAAAACCACACACUGAUCCGCAGUCAGUACCUUUAGCACCAUCUCUAAUCUUCCAUCGCUGGAGUGCGCUGUCCUCUACAGAGUGAAUCUAGAUUAGCCUUCCAAGGCUAAAUAAGAAGGCAUCCUGGAAGAAGCGGGUGAACCGAAGAUCCCUACGCAGCAUGGAUUCUAUGUAACUCCGGCAAAAUGUAAUGAGGAGAUGACUCCGGGAGAGAAAGAUCAACAGGGUACCAACCGUAUAGUGUUGGUCAAGAAAAUUAUCAUGAAAGAUGGGCCCACGCCGGGCCAUGGCAUUGGCAGACCCAGUGUCUCCCAUGCUGUUGUGGUCAUCUUCCUGGAGUUCUUUGCCUGGGGUCUCCUCACCACUCCCAUGCUGACUGUUUUACAUGAAACGUUUCCACAGCACACAUUUCUGAUGAAUGGCCUUAUUCAAGGUGUGAAGGGCCUCCUGUCCUUCAUGAGCGCCCCUCUGAUUGGUGCCCUGUCAGAUGUGUGGGGCAGGCGGUCCUUCCUAUUGGUCACUGUGUUCUUCACCUGUGCCCCCAUCCCGCUCAUGAGACUCAGUCCCUGGUGGUACUUUGCAGCGAUUUCCAUGUCAGGGGCUUUCUCUGUCACCUUCUCUGUCAUCUUUGCUUAUGUCUCUGACGUCACUGAGGAGCAUGAAAGAAGCACAGCAUACGGACUGGUGUCGGCUACGUUUGCAGCCAGCCUGGUGACGAGUCCAGCCAUCGGGGCAUACCUGUCCGCGUGUUACGGUGACAACCUGGUGGUGUUGGUGGCUACGCUGGUGGCUCUGGCAGACAUCUGCUUCAUCCUGCUGGCCGUGCCUGAGUCCCUACCGGAGAAGAUGAGACUCAACACCUGGGGAGCACCUAUCACCUGGGAGCAGGCAGACCCCUUCCAGUCGAUGAGGAAAGUGGGAAAGGAUCCCACAGUUCUUCUCAUCUGUAUAACCGUGUUCCUGUCCUACCUACCUGAGGCUGGUCAAUACUCCAGUUUCUUCCUAUAUCUUAGACAGGUCAUUAACUUUUCAUCGGCAACAAUCGCAGUGUUCAUCGGGGUGGUUGGAAUCCUCUCCAUCAUAGCCCAGACACUUAUUCUCACAGUCUUGAUGAGAACUAUUGGAAACAAGAACACGGUCCUUCUAGGACUGGGCUUCCAGAUUCUACAGCUGGCCUGGUACGGCUUCGGGUCAGAACCAUGGAUGAUGUGGGCUGCAGGUGCAGUAGCAGCCAUGUCUAGUAUCACCUUUCCUGCAGUGAGUGCCCUGGUGUCUCGCAGUGCAGACCCAGAUAAGCAAGGUCUGGUUCAGGGGAUGAUCACUGGUAUCCGAGGCCUGUGUAACGGUCUGGGCCCGGCGCUGUACGGACUUAUCUUCUUCAUGUUUAACGUAGAGCUGAACACAAUCGAUCCCAUCCAGGGAGAGUACCCCAUCGACCCUUUACCUGUUAACCCCCCGACUGAGAAAUCCUUGAUCCCCGGCCCUCCCUUCCUGCUGGGCUCAUGCACGGUGGUGGUGGCCUUCCUGGUAGCCUUGUUUAUCCCUGAGAACACCGAACCUCCUGUGGUGACCUGCGCUGAUGCCAAGGAUACCUCUAUGCUAGCCGGCGUCCACAUCAACACCCCGUUACCGGGCAGCGACGAGGACACGCCAGCCCCGACCAGCGACGAGGACUUUGAGCCCCUCCUGCAGGACAGCGUUGUAUGAUUGAGGGAGGGCAGCAGGUGGCUCCUGCAGAACAGCAUUGUGUGACUGAGGGAGGAUGGAGGGCAGCAGGCGGCUUUGGUAUUAUUACACCCAUCUACGGGUACCACGCCCCCAUGUAGCCUACGUAUCCCCAACGGAGGAGAGGGAGAGAGGCCUAGCUAACAAACCUCAAAAUUCUGUGCAACUCUGCACUGCACAACCAACCAGUCCCCGCCCCUGUCCCAUAAGAACUAGUAUUUACCUCUAGGACCUCUAAGUUUUAAUUCUGAAGGGAGCGAUAGCGAAGAUGGCGGACCCAGCGGGCAAAACUGGUUACUGGUUGGUAUCUGGUGCCAUUUCAACCAGAUUUGCCCGCUGGGUAGAUUGAGUUGUUCAAUAGAGGUAGAAGGGAAAGAACUUGCUGUGCCCGGCAUUUUAUUGCUUUAACGCAUCUUCAAGCUCAGCAUUUACUGUAGCCCACACCUAAUGGUACCUCAACACAAGGAGGCUUGAACCCAGUCUGUGAAAUGCAAGGAGAUAUGUGCCAGUAGUUAAAAUAUUUACUUAGAAGGCUUGUUCACUAUGAGCAGCCAUAAGAUUACGACAUUAUAAAAUGGAUGAGAUGUAUACUGUAAGUCCGAUAUUUCAUGGGAGCUUCUGUUCACAAGCCUUACAACAACUCAUAUCAUUCAGAGAGCAGUUAUCAUAUCAUUGUCUUAUAACCGGUGGGUAAACAUGGGAGAUUAUGAUGAUAGGAUAUUUGACAUAGGAAGAUUAGAUCUUAGUGUAAUUUUUACUCCCAAGAUCUCAACUUCUCACUUUAUUGUGCAGAGUUUUGGUACUUGAACCACUGGUCCUAGAGUAACUGCUAAAAGUGUUUCUGUAUAGUGAGAACUAUUUAAGGUAUUCACUGGAUGUGGCCUCCUGUCAGUAGGAGGCAGUGUUGAGGUGUGGAUGAUGCCAUUAGGUUAUGGUUGUCAUGGUUUUAUGCAGUGCUCUGCAGUUUCUGUUCAGUCUGUGAAAUCUUGAUUGCUACUGUACUAAAAAGGGUUUUUAUCUUAAAAUAUAUGAGGUAUUUUAUUUAUAUUAUCCAUACUGUAAAAAUGAUAUUGCUAACGUUCUGCAACAUAUUAACAGAAAUGUCUAGGCUACUCUGGUAGUAAUAAUAAUAAUAAUGUAUUUAUUUAACUUAGAGAAACAAGUUUUUACUGGUUUUCUUUUGGUCAUUUUUGGGAGAAUUUUUUUUAAAAUGAUUAUAAUUUUUUUUAAAGUAUAACCUUACCCUGAAAUAUAUGAUGGGGGUGGAUUUUUUUCUUCUUUAGUUUUUUGUGUGUGUGUGUGGGGGUGGGGGUGGGGGUGACAAAAUCAUGACUUUCAAUCAUUGUUUAUUUUCUUUCACUAAAUAUGUCCCAGUGUUGCAAGCUACCUCAGCUUUAAAAAUUACUUAUUUUGAAGACUGAUUUUAACGCAAAACUAUCGUUAUCUCAAAUAGUUUUCACGCCCCAAGAGUAAAACUUCACUAACCCGGGGAUUAUAAAAUGUAAAUUAAGAGAAAGCCAUUUGACCUGAUCAAAUCCAUUAGGGGCACAUUUUUAUUGUACAUAAUGAUUAUUUUCUGUGAGGUUGUCACAAUGUGUAAAUGUUCAUAUUUUAUAUGUACAUACUGUAUUGAAUUAAAGGUAUUAGCCUGUAUACCUACAGGUUAGGCUUUUAAAACUAAUAUUUACCCCCAAUGAACAACAACACCAAGUUGUUUUCCCUAAUGUGAAUGAGGAAGUAGUUUGUCUAGACCUACCUACAGCUGUAUGUAAAGGUACUCAAUACCGUGUCAAGUUGAGUAUGUACUGAAGGAGAUUCCUGUUUGGAUGCAUAAUGCAUGAAUAGUGACUAGCUGUCCAUGGACCUUUUUAAGAGUAUAGUAUUAGAAAGCUCACAAAAUGUGUUGUACCUGGAUGUGAACUUUUAAAAGUAUUUAUAUUCCCCAAAAAGUGGCUAUGGGGACAGAAAGACACAGCUACACAUGUCUUCCUGUCUGUCUCUGAAAUGAAACGAUAAACAAUAUAUUAGGUAUACAGUUGAUUGGUUAUUGGUUGUGCUCAGACAGAGAUUGUGAGUGCUUCUGCUUUCCCCUGAUGGUUUGCCAGUCAUUUCCUUGUUCUCUAAGGUACAUGUACGCAGGUUCCUAUCAGCGAGGGAAAUGAUUGAAGUGAGCAGGAGAAGGUAAAGCUUCCUAUCGGUCACCUCCAACCCCAAUCCUGUUGUGAAGUAUUUUGACCAAGAAUCCAUAAAUUGAUGUCAGAAGGUCAACAGCUACUUUCAGUCAGUGACUGUUGUUGAAUUUCCUCCAGUGUUAUAUUGUACCCGCCUGUAAGAGUAAAAAAGAAAUGAUUAGUUUUAUGAAUUCUAUGAUGAAGACUAUUGUAUAUGUUACGGAAUGGUUACCAUUCAUAUCUCUAGGACUGCUAUAUUUUGGGAACAUGUUUAGAACUCCGUUGCCCUGAAAUGUACCUCCUGAAGUAUUUUUCUAAUUUUGUGUAACAUGAUGAUGGUUUUGUUGUCAUAGUUACACAUCAACUUCAGAGUUUUUUGUUUGUAUGAUGAGGAUUUAUAACUGAGACAACACAUUCCACCAUGUGCUCUUUAUGUCUGUAUCUUCACCCAGCAUCUCUUGAGAGGAUUAUUAUACAAACGUGCCUAACAAGUGAACAUGUUCAUUUCUGAAGAUAAGACAAAUGACUAUAGCUUUGUCUCAAACUGGCACCCUAUUCCCUUAUUAAUGCACUCCUUUUGACCAGGAUCCAUUGACCUGGGCCUGUUGACCAGGGCCCCAUCGGGGUUUGGUCAAAACUAUUGCACUAUAUAGAGAAUAGGAUGCCAUUUGGGAUGCAGACUAACAGUGUCCAUGAAAUGGAAGUUGUUGCUCAUGAUAACCCAAACAAAUGAAGUAUACACGGGCUAUGUAUGUGUAUGUACCUCUUAAGUCUUAUUUUGCGAAAAAAAAACAUUCAAAGGUUGAAUUGUAAUAAUAAAUAAACAUGACCGAAGUCAAGUAAUGUAA